GCGAGAGGCACGAGGAAAGACGCCAGCGACGGCAAAGCAGGAGCAGCAGCUCGAACAUCAGCGGCGUCGGCGUGGGGGAAUGAUGUGACUGCAAACUCCAAACUCAAAAGGACAACAUGAAAAAUGUGAAGGCAGAUGUGAAGUUGUCAUGUCUACGGUUUGAUGGCGCGCAGGACGGCGAGCUUUAUGCUUCGGAUACGAGGGACGCACAGUUUGACACCUGAACAUCAACGCAGAGCAGCACAACAUGUCAUCCAACUCCACGGAGUGCGCGGAGGACGACAGGCUGUGCAUAGCGACAGAGCAUCAGCUGGCGGUGAUCAUCGUUCCCGUGCUGCUGGUCGCCUUCACCCUCAUCACCCUAGUCAUCAUCUUCAUCCUGCUGUACUGUCCUGACCGAAAGCAGAGACGCGCCACGUCGCCACAGCGCUACCACGGCUCGUCUCACAGAGACGCAGACAGGGACCACCGUCAGCGCCGUCACCAGCAGAACCACCGUCCCCAGCAUCACCGCAGCCAGCACAGACGCCACCUGCAUGGCAUCGACGCGCCUCCUGGGAUCAACCCGCUGGAGCACGAGGAGGUGCCCAUGUCGGUUCAACAAGUGCAGCAGAACGUCCGACCGACUCUGGCUGCAGCGCCGCAGGCGGCCACCGAGAGGCAGCAUGGAUCCUUCAGCCAGGUGGCCGUACUGCCGUCCUCCUUCUCCAUCAGGCCAGAUGACACAGUCAGUCUGUACAGAGCCCGCAUGGAAAACAGGAACGUGGUCCUGAGGGUGCUCAAAGAAACGGCCAGCAGCAGAGAGAAACAGCACUUUCUGGGGUUUGCGUCCUUUGUGGCUGGACUGGGGCCGCACCCCUCCCUGCCUGCUCUGCUGGGCGUCGUCUCAGAGCGGCCGCCACUCAUGAUAGCGGUGGAGGAGGUGCAGCACAGAGACCUGCUGGGGUUCCUGUGGAGAUGUAGACAGGAAAGCUCAAGUUCAGAGUCUUCUUGUUACAUGACGGAGAAGAGGAUCUUCACCAUGGCAGCACAGGUGGCCUCUGCUCUGCACUACCUGCACAGUCAGAACUGCAUCCAUGGCAACGUGGGAGCUCACAGCGUCCUGGUUGGCAGAGAUCUGACGGCUAAGCUGUGGGGACUGGGCCCGGCCUACCGCAGGAGGGCAGAGGCGGGCUCUCCGGGGGAAGUGGAGGACAUGGAGCUGAAGAAAUGGCAGGCGCCUGAAGUACUGGCCCGGAGACUCAUCAGUCAGAGCAGUGACGUAUGGUCUUUUGGUAUCCUCCUUUAUGAAAUGGUCACACUGGGUGAUCCGCCGUUCGCUCAGCUCAUGGCCACUGAACUUCUGCAGCAUCUCCAAAGAGGACAUCACCUCACACAGCCCGCGAGCUGCUCCAACGCCUUGUACUCCAUCCUCAGGUCCUGCUGCCGCUGGAACUCACACAACCGCCUCUCCACUUCCGACCUCAUCGGGAAACUUUACGCGGGAGAGAAAUCGGCCAAUGGGAGGACAAUCCUCAGAGCACCUGGACCAAUCAACUUCGAGGACUACCUGAGGGAGGCGGGCUAUGGAGAAGCGUACAACUACGCUGUGCUCUGAUUGACUGAACCGUCCAGGAAGCUUGUGUGAAUGAACUCUAUACAGACUGUGUACAUUACGAACAGAUAGUUCUCUAAUGUUUUAUUUAUAUAUAUAUUGUUGAAACUCUUAAAAAGAUUAUAAAGCACAACAACUUAAGAAUUUAAAAAUGGGUCAAUUUUGACCACAAAUGUUAUUUCUGUGUAAACCUUCAGUGUGGUCAUCUGAAAGAACUUUAAUUUAUUCAGAACGACUUAGGAAAAACAUAGACAGGAAAAAUCAAAUAGCCUACUCAGAUAAAGAGUAUUUAAAAACACAUCAUGUAGUUACAAGGCAAUGGGAAGAUGAGGGCCCCACUGGAGUCCUGCUUCUUUUUCAAAGACACUUUAACAAACUCAUUUUAGUUUGGGGAGCACAUUCAGUCCAGUUUUGGAGGGCUGGACCAGUAAAAUAGUGCCAUAGACUACCCUCUGGUCUAAAGUACACUAAUGUAUAUAUAAACUCCAAUAGUUGUUGUAUUAUACAUGCUUCUGCAAUGUUUUCUUUGAAAGUUGUACAAGCUGCUUGGUGGUUUGGUGGAGCAGAUUGGAACCCUAAUGCAAACGGUUUUUGCUCACUGACUUUAUGCUCGACACUCAAUGAGAUGUGAAUACAAUCACCAGCUGAAUGGCACAACCUGGACUGAACAACAGCUGUCCUAAAUAACUAAAUCAGUACUGUAUAUGUAGUCGAACGAAAAACUUUGCAGGUUAACUGAUCUUCAGCAGACAAAUGAAAACACAAAUCAGUUCAAAAACAGUUCCUUGAUUAUUUAUUUGCAUGAUAGUAUCAACCUCUCCUUGUCGAAACCAGCCUCUCCAAGAUUUUGCAGUGAUUCUGAUUAUUGCAAGCUUUUGAUUUCAAUUUCUAUAUAACAGAAAAAGCCUUCUGCUCUUAUUCCGUGAGAAAGUGCUACUUUUUGAAGAGAGAGAAUAAACAAUCAAAGCUGUGAUUCUCUGCUUGUUAAAUAAAACACCUUUUAUCUUUUUUUUAUUGGACCUCAAAAUGAAUGGGGCGACCUGCUGAUUGAAAGACUCCAAAAUCCUGGCGAGGCUGUGACAUAAAAACACACAGCUAUCAAAGAUUCUUUUCAUUUUUUUCUUCGUAAAGAAAAGAAAAAGCUGUAAUAGCACAGUCACUAACAAUAAAGCCAAAGAUAGCUAGCUAGAAAGGUAAAUACUGUUGGUAGUAACACGCUAUGUGACAAAGCUAGGAGGAAGACGGCAAGUUUCCUUCAUCAAGGUUGCUACUAUUUUUUGGGGAAAAGCAACAAAUGUCAUUGCUUGAAAGAAUAAUUCUAAGAAAAGAAACAAAACAAAAGGUAAGCACUAAUAUAAAAGAAGGAAUGGUAUGAAAAGCAGUUAGAAAACAGACUAUUCUCAUCUGAAACUAAGACUAGUGAAGAAAAAGGCCACGAGGUUCACAGAGAGAGAGAACAUGAAAAAACUCCUACGGUAAAAAGCUUAAACAAGGCAAACAAAUGUGCAUUUAAAUAUAAAGGCAAAUUUUACACUUAUUACAGUAUAGCUUAAGAUUUUCUCAUUCACACAGUCAUUCAGGCAUGAUUCCCCCCACCAUCCCCCCCAAAAAAUUCACUUAUGUAGGUCCUCAAAGGUUUUCCUUCCCACAAAUCUGAAGACGGAAACGAACCGCUGAUUCCCACAUCAGCUCCUCCUGGAACUGCGUUUUCCUCCAACCCCUGUGACGUCCAAAACAACUACCUUAUAAAUGGAUAAAUAAUCAGAGCCACUAAGUCUCUGUGGUAAAAAGCUUAUAAAGACUUGAAAACAAAACCGUUGUAGAGGAACUGGUUUCACUGUUGAUGUACUCGGUGUAUAAAAAUAAGUUAAAGAUAUGGG